UGUUUUGUCGCCUUUUCGCGUUAACUUAGGCGACAAACGAUAAAACGUUGCAUUUAAUUCGCUAAGUCCGAUUUAAAAUGUGUUCAGAAUAAGCAGGGAUACUGAAACUCCAUAAAUUAUGAGGUUCAAAAUCGUUUGCCUUUUCUCGCUUUUUGGUCUCGUCUCCUGUCAACAGGUCAUACAUCGAAACGAUACUCAUGGAAUAUUGGAAAGUCCGCAUUUCCCUUCACCCUACCCGGAUAAUGUUGAUAUAACAUGGGUGCUCACAGCUCCAUCGGGUUACCAAAUGAAGUUGUAUUUCACGCAUUUUGAUUUAGAAGACUCGUACGACACAGAUUUAGGAGGGUCGUGUGUGUAUGAUUAUGUCAAAAUCGACACUCAAAAAAGAAACAUUACAUGUUGUGGCACUCUUAAUCCUGGACCUAUCACCCGCCAAAUAGUUUCAAAAGACAACUUAAUGACAGUAAAGUUCGUGUCCGAUUAUUCGAAUGAAGAACCUCGUCCGUUGGGUUUCCGAGCUCAUUAUGUUUUAGAUGAUAAAGAUGAAUGUGCGGAAAUGGAAUACGCUGCAAGAUACACCACAGAAGAUUGGGAUGAAGUUAUUUAUUGCAACCAUCAUUGCAUCAAUGUACCAGGUUCAUAUUACUGCACAUGUAGACCUGGGUUUAUUCUCCAUGCAAAUCAACACACAUGCACAGCUGUAUGUCAAAAUCAAGUUCUUAACGAUGACUCUGGUUUGGUGACGUCACCAGAUUACCCGGACCAAUACUCGAAACUAACGGAUUGCGACUGGGAAAUACAGGUUCGUGAUGGGUUAAGCUUGAACAUUACAUUUGACACAAACUUCGAUAUUGAAGAUCAUUUCAAUUAUACUGACUGCCCUUACGACUAUUUAAAGAUGACGUAUUCUGGCCAAGAGUCAAUACACUGCGGACAAAACAUUUCAUUUGCUGGAGUUUGGACGGAUCUUAACACGAGGUCUCUUCGUUUGAAUUUUCACACUGAUUAUGCGAUUGAGAAAUCUGGAUUCAAACUUACAUAUGAAACUAUAAGAAUAAGAUGUUUGAAUCGUCCCCUAUUGGAGCAUGGUGUAGUCAAUUUUCCAAAUUCGAACCCGUUCAGUGAAUUUGAAGAUGAAGUCAGUUUUCAGUGUAAUACAGGAUAUGAACUUAACGGUGAAAAUGUGAUCACUUGUCAGAGUGAUGGAUCAUGGAGUUCUCAACCACCAACUUGCACAAUAAAAUCGUGUGGGCCACCUGUUCAUUUAGAAUCUGUUAGCAAUUCUAGGAUACUAAAUCAUCAGAGCCUUGCGUUUACGUACGGCGAUGAGGCAGCGGUUGAAUGCAACGAAUGGUACAAGGCAAAACCGGGUUCGGCAAUGACAUGGAGAUGCUCAGACGCAAGAUCAUGGGUCCCAGUCGGUUCCCACAGCGCUGUCCCAGUGUGUAAACCGGAAUGUGGGCAGUUUAACAAUGUAACGAGGAGAUUGCUCGGCGGUCUUAUUAGUGGUGGCAAUGUAGCUGGUCGUAAUCAAUGGCCAUGGAUGGUCUUCUUAAACUUUGGAAGGGAAUCUAAUAUACUUGGAAGCAGUUCAUGCGGCGCUUCAUUGAUCAGUUCAAGGUACAUUAUGACUGCGGCCCACUGCGUUACAAUAGAACGACAGUUUGCGCCACCCAACACACCAAGGCAGCCUUAUCAUGUACAUGCUUGGGUGGGUGUUCAUGACAGAAGGCAAGAUUACAAUAACGCCACUUCACCUGCAAGAAACCUAACUGUUAUACGAGUAAUUCGCCAUCCGCGGUAUAACCCAAGCACAUGGGAAUACGACGUAGCUUUACUUGAGUUGGAUGAGCCUGUUAUAAUGAACAACGUCAUACGACCGAUAUGUAUGCCAAAGACUGUUGCAGAUUUUGACAGGAUACGACCAAACGUAAGCGGAGAAAUCAUAGGCUGGGGAAAAUAUUCGAUUGAUCACCCGUCCUAUAUUCUCUUGCAUGGUAGAACAACUAUCGUAUCAAACGCACAGUGCUUAGGGAGGCUACAUUCACUUGGAAGAACGUAUUCACACAUUGGGCAAAUUGUUUCGUGGUUUCGACUGACAGACACCAUGUUUUGUGCCGGAUCGACAUACGGGUCUACAAGUUACACUUGUAAAGGGGACUCGGGUGGCCCGUUUAUGCUACAAGGUAACAACGGGAAAUAUUACGUUCAAGGAGUUGUUUCUUUCGGUUUUACAAGGACUGAAUGUGGCCGUUCAUUAGCAUACACCGGGUACACCAUGAUAGAUCCAGAAAUAGCUCAAUGGAUUGAAAGAACAAGCGAUCUUGAAUAAAAACGUUACCUUAUUUCGCUUGGUGUGCUGUAAUCGCAAGGCUACGAAUAGGUCAGAAGUAUGCGUAUUUAUGAUAAAUUUCAAAAAAAAGAUUAAAAAAGUGCCUGCAAUUUUCUAAGACUAGGGAAGCGUCUUGGUGUUUGAAAGAAACGCUUAACUAAAUUUUUACAAAAUCGCAAUCAUUAAAAUUCAGAGCAUUGUAAAGGCAUGCUUUAACCUAGAUGCAUAGCUCAAUAAAUGGUAAAACUGGA